UCCACCCGGGUUAAAUGGCGGCGGCAGUCCGGUGUCCGAAGCCCGGGGGGGGGGGGGUAAACACUUCGAGUCCUGCUGGCCGGUCGGAGGCUGCUUCUCCAGGCCAGGAGAGCAGCGGAACCCGUGUGGCGGCUGGAAGCUCCGAUCCCUCCCUCCGUACCUGAAAUACUCCUGGGGUUGGCAGGGAGUUCCCGGGCACGCGUGGAGUGGUUCUACUCCCGGUGACACUUGUUAGGCGAGGCGUGCGCACCCGCCUUCCCCGGGGCUUUCCUUCUAUGCAGGUGUGACAGAGGGCGGAUCGGUGUCUGUCCUGGUGCCUCGCCUUCACUCACACCUUCCCCUGCCCUCAGUAGUUCAGGCUUCGGUGAAGUUUAUCGAAGAGCACGAUGGAACGGUUUGGAGUGAAGUCUGCUCCGUCACGUAACCGCUCGAAGACUGCCUUGUAUGUGACUCCUCAGGAUCGUGUAACUGAGUUUGGCAGCGAGCUGCACGAAGAUGGAGGGAAACUCUUCUGUACUUCCUGCAAUGUGGUUCUCAAUCACGUUCGCAAGUCUGCAAUCAACGACCACCUCAAGUCCAAAACGCACACAAAGCGACGGGCAGAGUUUGAAGAACAGAACGUCAGGAAGAAGCAGAGGACUCUAACUGCCUCCCUUCAGUGCAACAGUACUGCCCAGACAGAGAAAACCAGUGUCAUCCAGGACUUUGUGAAAAUGUGCCUGGAAGCUAAUAUUCCUCUCGAGAAGGCUGAUCACCCAUCCGUGCGAGCCUUCCUGUCCCGCUAUGUCAAGAAUGGAAGUUCAAUACCUAAGUCAGAUCAGCUAAGGAAAGCGUACCUGCCUGAUGGGUAUGACAAUGAGAACCAGCUCAUCAAUACUGAAGACCGCUGAGAAUAACACUCUUUUUCAUCAUCGUUGUGAAGUUUUACAUAUUGAUGGUGUGGUUUAUUUUUCUAUUCAUGCAUAUAUACAGUGUUACAUAUUGGUUUUACAAGCUAUUUUGUAUUAUUGUAGAAAUGACAAUCUAUUUGUGAACUUAGUGGUAUGCCACAGGCUGUUGCUAACCCUGCUGUAGCCUUCAGAGCUACACUGAUGUAGAGCUCGAGAUGAAUGUAGGGAAUAUACCUGGCGUCCACCUUACCUGUGUGUUCAGUCUGGCUGUAUCUAAUGCUAAGAAAAAGGCACUUGGAUGGAGGACCGCACUCACCUGAACGCUGCAUCUAAAAGGACAAGAAAGAUGAUGCUGUAGGGAUUACAAAUCAUGUCAGUGGAUUGCUUUGUCCAGUGUCUUGCCCGUGAGUGACCAAGAAGUGCUGCACGUUUGAGAUGCAAGAAUCUGUAGAAUGGUUAGCUAAAAUACAACUGCUCUCUUGGGGGAGGAUUUUUGGCAAAUCCCUGUUCAAGUUUGGUUUACAUUCUAAGAUGGGAAACAUUUGUCUUCUCAAGUACUCUCUUAUCUUGUUUUGUGCAACUGUGGAUGUAUUCAUUAUCCAGCUUAAAUAGGUGGUCUCUUGUAUUGACCUCUGAACUACACUAUUCCUGAUGAAGUUAGGAGGUUCUGCAGGCCUGCCACACCCACUGUUUUCAAAUCACUGUUUCAUUGUCUCAGUUUAACAUCCCCUUCAGUUUCAGUGCAGAUCUUUGGAAGUUGAGCAGACAAACCAGUUACUGAGUGUGGUUUGCAGUGCAGCUCCUGGCAAGUGAAACUUAUACUGGACCAAGAUCUUAGUUGAAAGAAUUAAUGCCUUUUUCCUACUAGCGGGACAGAUGAUGCUAAAUCAAAAACAGGGGGGAAGGGAUGCUGACUUGCUGAGAAAGCUUUUUUAACUUUCACUGAAGGUCCUCUUUGUGUCUGGCCUUGUCCUCAGCUUUUUAGUCAAAGGAGGUAAAGUGAUUAAAAGUUUCCAAAAUAGUUACUGCAAAGGCUAUUCAAUAUGUUUAAGUGCAAAUAGGAAAGCAGAUAUAUUUUGAAGCUAUAGUGGAAUUACAGACCUGUGCUGUAUUUUUCACUCUGUGCCAAGGCCACACCUAUUGGAUUGACAAAAGGUAUAAUGAGGAAUUGAAGAAUUUCCGUGAUGUUUACUCUUUGAAACCUAGUAACCUAUUACUGAGCUAUUCCAAAUUAUUAUGCCAAAUACUCCAUUUGAUGUAAGUGCUCAACUAAGUUUUUGAAUGCAGUGACAGAGUUCAAAGUGCUGAAAUACAACCAACUUCUGCCUGCUCUAGGUUUCUUCGAGGUGCUGGAGGCUCAGGGUGGUGUCAGGCAUCCUCUAGCAGCACAGAAAUCCUCCACUGGGUGCAUUCAGUGGUGUAAGUGUGCUUGGACUCCCUCAGGUGGAGCCACUUGUUUUGCUAGGCUUCCUUUCCCCAUAGAGUUUCACAGUAUCUAUUUCUCAGCAUUUCUUUUUUCCAUGUAUUUAGAGCAAUCCUAAGUAAUUGCUAAAAAGAGAUACAAAUAACCUACUUACGUUGUUUCUGUAGCUAUUUGCCUAACUAUUUCUAGAGCAAUAUUUUUAUUUUUUUUUUAAACUGGGAGAAGAGGGACUUACAGACUUUGUAACAACUGGUUCCUGUGCAAUUAGCUUCUACAGAAAUGCACUUAAGUUCCAUUCUAACCAUGUCUUAUAGCAUUCUGCUAUAAGACUUGUUUGAAUAAAUAGACAAAACUAAAAAAGCAGAAGGCUGCCUACCCAUGUGUACCAGUACACAGGUACUCAGAACACUGCUGCACCUUUGGUUCCUCUUGAAGCUAGUGGGACUCCGUGCAGUCAUAUCAGUCCUUGUAAUGAUUUUGGUUGCUGGUUUAGAACUUCAGACAGAAAUAACAUUUUUUUCUCUAGUCCUAGAUGUCAAAAUAUGCCUUCCAAAAUACCAUUUGCUGUUGCACAAACUUGAGCUUACCUUAAAAUUGUAACAGCCCUUUACAUCAUGAACUGCCUUUGGCUAGUACUGUUAUAUAAAACUUCAAGCCAAGUGAAAGGUACACUGCCAAGAGACUUCUCUGCCCUGACAAUAAUUGAAAGUGUUCUCUUACAGCUGCUGUUUCAUCACAGUGAAACAACACGGUUAAAUUAUUAUUUGGUUUUUUACCUUAUGGCUGCUAUCCUAGAAUUGAAGCAAAUAGAAAACAAUGCUUUUAAUGAGAAAAUAGGCUUCCAUUAAACAAAAGCAUUCAAAAAAGAUUGUGUGGUUAAAAGGUAGGAAUUUGUGCUAGUUAGCUCAGUUCUUGCUAGCAUGAGAUUUCACAUGUUUUUCACCCCAUAACCAUUUUAUAAAGGAUGCCAUGUUUUCACUUUGAUGGGAAAACUGACAGAUAUUUUGAAAAGAAUGGUAACAUUAGAAUCAUAGAAUCAAAGUCAGGGGCUGGAAGGGACCUUGAAAGAUCAUCUAAGCCUGACUCCCUCUGCCAGAGCAGGGUCACCUACAGCAGGUCACACAGGAACACAUCCAGGUGGGCUUUGAAUGUCUACAGGGAAAGAGACUCCACACUCUCCCUGGGCAGCCUGUGCCAGUGGUGCCACCCUCACAGUGAAAAAAUUCUUCCUAAUAUUUAUACAGAAUCGCCUAUGCUCCAGCUUAUAACCAUUGCCCCUUGUCCUGUUGUUAGUCACCUCUGAGAAAAGCUUGACUCCAUCCUCCUAGCACUCACUCCUUAAAUAUUUAUAAGCAUUAUUGAGGUCACCCCUCAUUCUCCUCCAAGCUGCAGAGCCCCAGGUCCCUCAGCCUUUCCUCAUAAGGGAGAUGUUCCACUCCCUUCAUCAUCUUGGUCACUCUGCUCUGGACUCUUUCAAGCAGUUCCCUGUCCUUCUGGAACUGAGGGGCCCAGAACUGGACACAAUAUUCCAGAUGUGGCCUCACCAGGGCAGACCAGAGGGGGAAGAGAACCUCUCUCAACCCUCUAACCACCCCCUUCUAAUGCACCUCAGGAUGCCAUUGGCCUUCUUGGCCACAAGGGCACAUUGCUGGCUCAUGGUCACCCUCCCACCCACCAGCACCCGCAGGCCCCUUUUCCCAGUGCUGCUCUCCAACAGCUCAGUCCCCAACCUGUACUGGUACCUGGGGUUGUUCUUUCCCAGAUGCAAGACUUCACACUUAGCCUUGGUAUCAUUCAUUAAAUUUCUCCCUGCCCAACUUUCCAGUGUGUCUAGGUCCCUCUGAAUGGCAGCACAGCCUUCUGGGGUGUCAGCCACUCCACCCAGUUUUGUGUCAUCAUCAACCCUACUGAUAGUGUACUCUAUUUCCUCAUCCAGAUGACAAGUAAAUAUAUUGAAUAGUACUGGUCCCAGUACUGACCCCUGAGGGACUCCACUAGAAACAGACUUAAAAUUGGACUCCAUCCCAUUGGCUACAACUUUCUGGCUUCUGUCCUUCAACCACCUCCCGAUCCACCUCACUGCCCAAUCAUCCAGGCCACACUUCUUCAGUUUAGCUCCAAGGAUGCUGUGGGAUACUCUGUCAAAUGCCUUCCUGAAAUCAAGGUAGACUACGUCCACUGCUCUGCCAUCAUCCUUCCACCUGAAGGAUCCUCAGAGAAUCCUUCAUAGGAGUCUAUCAGGUGGUCAGACAUGACUUCCCCUUAGUAAAGCCAUGUUGACUGCUGAUAAAUUUCUUGUCCUGGAUGUGCCUGGAGACAGCACCAAGAAGGAGUUGUUCCAUCACCUUUCCAGGGAUGAAGGUGAGGCUGACCAGUCUGUAGUUACCCGGGUCCUCUCUUUUGCCUUUCAUGAAGGCUGGAGUGACAUUUGCUUUCCUCCAGUCCUCAGUCACCUCUCCUGUUUCCAGUGGCUUACCAAAGAUGAUGGAGAGCAGCCUAGCAAUGACAUCCACCAGUUCCCCCAGCAACCAUGGGUGCAUCCCAUUAAUUGGAUUGUUGCACAACAAAUCAAGUUACUUACUCUUGUCUCAUUUUACAUAAAACUAGAAGUCAGCAACAUCAAAAGCUUAAGUUAAAAAAGGAAAAAGUUAUUUUCAAUAAGGCAAAGUAAUAUUUGGACACCUAGUUUUUGAAAAGCCUACUCAUAAAGCAGUCUGUGUACAGAGCCUCAGUUUAUAGAAUAAAUAUAAUUCUGUAAGUAUUUUGAUAUUUUUUCUAGUACACAUUUAUUUUUUAUGCAGAAAUCCUGCCAAGGGUAUGAACCUGGUGAGAAACCUUAUGAGUGUAGCCAUAGCCUACCAAGUCAGAACAAUUUAGAAGCAAAAUUCAUCAUCAGAAAUUUGAAUGGAACUGACUUAAUUCCAGGGCACAGCAGUUUUGUAGGAUGCUGGUGACUUACUCUGAUAGGAUAUUUGGUUAUAAAAAAGAAAAAAAAAAAAGGAAACCCACAACAUUCUUAAAGCUUUUUGAAAAAUCAAGGUACUGAUCUGUUGCAACAAACAUUUAUAUUGGAGUAAAGCAGUGAAAAAAAAAGUACUUCGAGGUAAUCUAGAAAGAAUAAUAAAUAAGUUUGUGUUCAUGGACAUAAUCCAGAUCAUCAACAAGACAGUUACACUUACUUUCUUUGAAAGUAAAAAUUAUUCCACUCAGUCUUGGAAGUGUCCAACAAACACUCAGCUUCAGAGCAUAGUUCUGCCAGUGUGUCUAUAGCUGGAUAAAUCAUAACCUUGGGUUAAUUGCAAUUGAUCUUAGGAAAUAUUUACAGCAGAAGGGUUUGUGUUUUUUUAUCUAAACCUAAGUAAUGGCUAAUUCCUCAAACAGAGGCUGUGACUAAGUUGUUAACAGUCUACACGGGACUUUCCUUUUUUCUGGGCAAGAAUAUGGCAUCAUUUUUCCAUGUAUUUCCGGUAACAAGUGUUCUCAGAAGUAAAGGGAGGAUGGUAGCAAUAUUUGCUUACCAUUUUACAUACAUAUGUAGGGACAAGCUAUGAGGGAUACUUUUUGUCAGGUGGUUUUAUUAAUAACUUUGAAACUCAUAAUAUUUACAAAGAAAAAAAAUUUCUUCUCUGAUCAUGUACUUGUAUUAGUUUAGCCAACUUACAGCUAUAGUUACUCUGAAGUGGUUUUCUUGGAACAGAGAAAAGAGUAAAAUACAAAGAGUAAAAUGCAAACAGGAACAUUCUCUGGUUUGUGAAUACAUGUAUGCACCGUGUUAGUUUCAGCUUGCAUGUUCUUGAAAAAAAGUGAGUGAGUUCUAAUAUUUUUAAGCAUUUUGGAGCCUGUAAUCUGGCAGGCUCCUAGAGGUGAAACAUUUGCCAUAAUGAAAGGGAAAGCUGUUUUUCAAUUUCGAGAGAAACUUGGUUCUGCAAAGUAUGGGAUAUUCUCAUGAUAGAAGGACUAUUUUUAGGCAGAGCCCCUUUUAGCAAUUCUGUUGAACUGAACAGUGAAAUGCUCCCUGCUAACUUUUGCAGCAUAAUCUGAUUUUCAAGGGGGCGAGACAAAAGAGAGCUGAAAGUUUGGCAAGGAUAAUCUCUUUAUAUUUACAUAUAAAGAGAGACAAGACUCACUGUUGUUGUGUUCAGAUUGUACUCACUGCUAACUAUGUAAUUUGAGUGCUUGUUGUCUUUGUACAAUUUUAAGGUUGUGUCUAACUUUCAGAAUAAAUUUUUUUAACAAGG